UCCUAAUCUCUCAAACCUCAGCAGCCGUAGUUGGUGGAAGAGCCAAUCUCUCUCUCUCUCUGCGCUUUCAGUCUCCGAUAACUUCUACUCUCAUUCUCCACUCGCUCGCUCUCACUCUCUCCCUCGGUGAGAUUCCGUCGCCGAUCCACCUCCUUCUCGACUUCCGGCGGCGGAUUUGGGAGUCACUUCCGUAUCUACAUGACUUCGAGCGUCGAGGACGCAAUUGAUGGGGCAUAAGAAGCGGAACGCUGCUCCUCGCUCCAAGCAGACUCCAGUACCGGCUCCGGCGGCAUCUCCCGCUGCCGAUGGCCCCGCCCAAACCGAGCCUGAGCCUAAGCCUAGUUCUUCUCCAAUCGUGGCCAAGGCCGAUGCAUUGGCCGAAUCGGACAGCUCGUCCUUCUCCUCCGUCAAGCUCGAGUGCGAGCGAGCCCUUACUGCGCUCCGGCGGGGGAACCACACCAAGGCCCUGAGGUUGAUGAAGGAGUCGUGCUCCCGGUACGAGAACUCUCCUCACGCAGCUCUUGUCCACCGCGUCCAGGGCACCAUAUGCAUCAAAGUUGCCUCCAUCAUCGACGAUCUCAAUGCUAAGCAGCGGCACUUGAAGAAUGCGCUGGAAUCUGCUCGGAGAGCCGUGCAGCUGUCCCCGAACUCAGUCGAGUUCGCUCAUUUCUAUUCAAAUUUGCUCUUUGAGGCGGCGAACGAUGCCAAGGAGUAUGAGGAAGUGGUGGCGGAGUGCGAGCGAGCUCUGGCCAUCGAGAAUCCUGUUGAUCCUGGCAAGGAGAGCUUGCACGAGGAGAACCAGCAGAAGAUAAUGACGGCGGAGGCGAGGAUCAAUCACGUGCAAGGUGAGCUCCGGAAUCUAAUUCAGAAGUCUAAUUUCGCUUCAAUUUCGAGUUGGAUGAAGAAUUUAGGCGGAGAUGAGAAGUUUCGGGUGAUUCCAAUCAGGCGAGCCACGGAAGAUCCGAUGGAGCUUAGGUUAGUUCAAACCAGGAGGCCCAAUGAGAUUAAGAAGGCGCCUAAGACACCAGAGGAGCGUAGGAAGGAGAUUGAAGUGAGGGUCGCGGCUGCAAGGCUCUUGCAGCAGCAGAAGUCUGAGGUGGCUGGGUCACCAAAUGAAGGUGGUGAUAAGGGGUUAGAUUCAUCAGGCAAUGGGCUGAGAGGAUCCGGUGAUAGGCGGAAACAUGGGAAGAAGAACAUGACCCCAGCGGAGAAGAAGGACUUGGUAGUACGGUCUUUCUGGAGUUCACUAAGCAUUGAGAAAAAGAAACAGUGGCUUAGCAUUAGGGUUCCUGAUCUCAUUGCACAUUUUGGGUUUUUAAAGGAGGUUUUGGCUAAUGAGGUGAUUUCCGAGGCUGUGGAGCAUGCAGACGCUAAUAAAACAUGGAGCUUCUGGGUGUGUAGCAGGUGCGAUGAGAAAUUUUCUGACGUGGAAUCUCAUGUACAGCAUGUUAUGCGGGGGCAUUUCGGCAACGUCUUGCCGAAUUUAGAGACGAUUUUGCCGCAGGGUAUAGACGAUGAGUGGGUCGAAAUGAUCCAUAACUGUAGCUGGAAACCCUUAGAUGUUUCGGCUGCGUUGGAAAUGCUUGGGAAUCAGCAGAAAUGCUGGGGUUCUGAUUCAGCUGGAGAUUUUUCCUCGGGGCAGAAAACUGAGGAAUGUGAAGAUUCCUUUAGGGAUGCUUGGGAUUCUUAUCCGGAGAAGGAUGCUGCUGGUGAUAGUUUCAGUGGUGGUAUCACUAUUGCAGAAAGUACUGACCUUGACAGAAACACCGGCUCAGAUAAUAGCGGGCAUAGUGAGAAUCAUGCACCUUUGGCAUACUCUCCCCCUGAUAAGUGGCCUUUAUCUGAUGACCCUGAGCGGGCAAAGCUUUUGGACAGAAUUCAUACGUUAUUUGAAGCCCUUAUUGGACAAAAGUGUAUAUCCGAGACUCAUCUUUGUAAGGUUCUGUCCUUUACCAUGGAAGAGCUACAGGGUCUUACCUCUGGCUCACAGCUUCUGAGCCGGGGAGUAAACCAUACACCAAUUUCCAUAUGCUUUCUUGGGGCGAGCCAACUUAAGAAAAUCCUAAAGUUCUUGCAGGAAGUAUCUAAUUCGUGUGGCCUGGGUAGAUAUCCUGAGAAAAAUACUAGUCCCACGCAUGAAAGAAAUAUUUCCAACCAAGGUGGGGAAAGUAAUGAAAAAGUUAUCCUUAAUGAGGAUGGAUCCUGCUUACUUUUGGAUGAAACCUUGCUGCCGACUGAAAGCUUUCCCAGUGUCAUGUAUGAGCCUGCAAUUGAUGUAGGUGGACGUAAUUCCAACAAGGUUGGAUCUGAUACCGAUGCUUUCGUGGCAUGGGUAUAUUCAGGUCCAUCCUCUGGAACUGAACAGUUGGAGUCUUGGGUCCGCAAGAGAGAGGAGAAAGCAGAACAGCAUUCAGAGAUUUUCCAAAUGCUUGAGAAGGAACUUUACAGUCUUCAGAUUAUGUGUGACCGCAAGUCUGAGCUUGUUGGUUAUGAGGAAGCAUUGCAUGUGCUGGAGGGACUCUGUAUUGAAGAAGGUAAGAGAAAGGAGAAUGGCAGCGAGUUUCCGCAAAGAAGUCAUGAGGCUGUUUUAAGAAAGCGGAAGGAAGACCUUAUGGGAGAUGAAGAUGAUGACACUUUUAGUAGUAGCAGGUAUGAAUCAGAGGCAGUAAAGAAUGUGUUACGAGAGGCAGGAACCUUGAAUGCCAAUCAACUUGGAGAUGAAGAGGCCUAUGGAAGUCUGGCUUCUCACCUACGUGACUUGGAAUCUGGCGAAUACGAUGACGGGAGAGCAAAGGAGUGUGUGCAUCAAAUGGAUGCUUGCAUAGAGGUUACAAUGCAGAGACAGAAAGAAGAGUCCUCACUGGAGAUCUGCAAAAUUGAUGCUCGGAUAUUGAGAAGUAUCGCAACCUUGCAGCAAUUGGAAUGUAAGAUUGAUGCAGUUUCCGCACUUGAUUAUAGGUGGAUAUUAGUGCCUCUAAUCAAAUCAUACAUGAGGACACGCUUGGAGGAUCUGGCUGAGAAAGAUGCCAUUGAAAAGUCCGACGCUGCUAGGGAAGCGUUUCUUGCAGAACUUGCACUUGAUUCCAACAAAGGUGUUAGAGGUGGAAAUGAUAGUUCGAUGAAGCAUGGACAUGACAAGACAAAGGAUAAGAAGAAGCACAAAGAACACAGGAAAACAAAGGACUCAAAGGCUAGUGGAAUUAGUGAACAGCAUCCGCAUUCUCCUGAGAGCAAUGAGCCUGAUUCCUUUACGGUGUCAUCUGAUGGUGAUCAUCCAGAUUCGGAAAUACUUACUUUUAUGAAUCCCGAUGAAUUAAAAGAACAAGAAGAGGAGUUAAGGAGGAGGAUGGAGCUUGAAGCUGAGGAAAGGAAACUUGAAGAAACUUUAGAGUAUCAAAGACGAAUUGAGAAUGAAGCUAAACAAAGACAGCUUGCUGAGCAACAGAAGAAACACACCCAAGCACAAUUGGAAAAGCCAACCGAAGGAUUUUCUGACGUUUUGAUGGAGCCUCCAUCCGAUAAUCACAAAAAAUUAAAACAGUUAAAACUAUCUACCCAGGAUGAUGCUGCUGUUCCAAAUGGGUCUCUCACUAUCCUUGAUACACAGAAGACUGGAAGUACUGAUCAUGCAGAAGUUAAAAGAGGCAUACCUGAUGGUGGAUUUCCACAAGAUGGUACCCUUUCUUCUGAUAGGCGGACUGGAAGGAGAGGCAGGCGGCAGAAAAGUUCCACCAAAUUGUUAGAAGGAAAAUUGCAGGCCUCUGGAAAGGAAAAUGCUGGAGCUGGGACUCUUGAGGCUUCACCUCAUGAUGAUACUCAGGAUAAUGGAGACUAUAGCACAAAGACAUUGAGGGAAUUGCAUGCAGAAGAGGAUGAUGAACAGAGGUUCCAAGCCGAUCUCGAAAAAGCUGUGCGACAAAGCCUUGACGCAUUUCAGGCACAUCAAAAAUUGCCAUCACCUUCAACUGCAGUACAGAGGACACCUGGGCAUGCAAAUGACGCAGGUGUUACAACUAGUGAACCUGCAGCUGCAGUGACAGAUGGGUCUGAUGCUAUCGGUGCUGGAUUGCAGAAUGAAGUUGGUGAAUACAAUUGCUUUCUAAAUGUGAUCAUACAGUCCUUGUGGCAUUUAAGACGCUUCCAUGAUGAGUUCCUGAAGAGGUCAGCAUCUAAUCAUGUCCAUGUUGGAGAUCCUUGUGUCAUCUGUGCUCUAUAUGAAGUUUUCCAUGCUUUGAGCAUGGCAACGGCUGAUUCUCGAAGAGAAGCAGUUGCUCCUACUUCACUGAGGAUAGCUUUGAGUAACCUCUAUCCAGACAGUAAUUUCUUCCAGAAGGGUCAGAUGAAUGACGCUUCUGAAGUACUGGGGGUGAUCUUUGACUGCCUUCACCGGUCCUUCACGCAGCCUUCUAGUGUUUCUGACAACGAAUCGGUUGAAAGCAACACUGUAGGUACAUGGGAUUGUAAAUAUAGCAAGGCCUGCCUAGUGCAUUCCCUUUUUGGGAUGGAUAUUUUCGAGAGGAUGGAUUGUCAUAGUUGCGGGCUGGAGUCAAGACAUCUAAAGUAUACGUCUUUCUUUCAUAACAUCAAUGCGAGUGCGCUCCGAACAACUAAGGUGAUGUCUGCAGAAAGCUCCUUUGACGAUCUUUUGGAUCUUGUUGAGAGGAACCAUCAGCUGGCUUGUGAUCCAGACAGUGGUGGCUGCGGAAAGCUCAACCACAUCCAUCACUUUCUCUCUAGCCCACCGCACAUUUUCACCACUGUUCUCGGUUGGCAGAACACUCGGGAAAGUGCCGAUGACAUCGCAGCAACAUUAGCGGCCCUCAGCACUGACAUAGAUAUGAGCGUUCUUUACCGUGGUCUGGAUCCUAAGCACAUUCACAGCUUGGUUUCUGUGGUUUGCUACUAUGGACAACAUUAUCAUUGCUUUGCCUAUAGUCACGAACAUGACAGGUGGAUCAUGUAUGAUGAUACAAAUGUGAAGGUAAUCGGUAGCUGGGCUGAUGUUCUUGCUAUGUGUGAAAAGGGGCAUCUGCAGCCUCAGGUCUUAUUUUUCGAAGCUGUGAAAUAGAUCUCAAAUUCUGAGUUAUCUGCAUUUUCUGAUGGUGGUCGAGGCCGUCUCAUUCAGUAUAGUUCAUGUUGAAUCAUUCUCGACAUUUUGAUCACUGCUAAGAGGGUGAUAUUCUCCGUAAUUAGCCCAUGCCGUGUGGUUCAGACAGGUGGAAGACAAUGUUUUUGAAGGAGAUUUGGUAUAAGUAAGUCACGGGGGAUGUAAGAAGUUUUUGGGAAAUGUCAAAAGAUUUUGAGUUGGAGCUUUUGGGACACUUUGGGACAUGAGAAGGGGAGAAAUGAACAGUUUGUAUUUAGUCAGAUGAAGAGAUGAGAAGGCUAGUAAUCAUAAAGCAAUAUCUUACAUACCGUGUUGGCGGAAAUCGGUACUGCAAAAUGAUUCUUUCUUGGAUUCUUGAAUAAGAUCGGGUCUGUCUGGUUGGAGGCAAAGGAGCGGCAGCCACAACAAAUUCAUCCGCUCUGUGUAGUAUGUUUUCCGGAGGUGGCAUAACAGCUGUAAUAGGCUAAAGUUAAAAUUUUUUAGGUUCCGGCAGAAAGGCAACUUUGUUACAAAGAGAGUAUUAAUUCCCCAAUCCCCGGUUUUAAAAAGAAAAGGAUUGUGUACAGAUCACAAGACUGAUCCCCUUUGGAACUACUGACGCUCAUCGUACAAUUCUUUUGUAAGUCAGGAUGUUAUACAUGGGGAAAGUUGAUAAUACAAGAGAGAAACUUCUUCCUCA